AUCUCUAACGGCUUGCAUUGCACAUUGACACAAUCCCACAAAGACAUGUUGCCAACGUCGUCACAGUCGACGCCGCAAUGGCAGCUCAUUUUGUACGCGGCGAUCUUCCUCGUGCUGUCCGUAGCCCUCUCGAACGCGAUUGCGUGGCUCAAGCAGUUCCGGCAAGAGGCUCGCAUUGCACAAAAGACGACCACGUUGACGCAAGAUGCCUCGCCGACCGCAGGUCCGGUCAUUCCGGUGACCAUUCUCACGGGGUUUUUGGGCUCGGGCAAGACAACGCUGCUCAACUCAAUCUUAUCGUCUCCGGACCACGGAUUCAAGAUUAUGGUAUUGGAGAACGAACUGGGCGCGGUGAGCAUCGACCACGAACUGAUUGCAAACCACCCCCGCGACGGCGUCGUCGUCAUGCAGAAUGGGUGCAUGUGUUGCUCGGCGCCAUCCACGGCGACAACGAACGAACUCGAGCGGAUCCUGGAUCAGUUGCUCGAGAUGCAGGCGGCGACAGACAGCUUCGACUACCUUAUCGUGGAAACGACCGGGAUCGCUGACCCCGGCCCGAUCCUGAAGACUUUCUUGGAGCUUCGCGCGAGUCGGUUUCGUCUGGACGGAGUCGUCACGCUUGUUGAUACAGCGUCGCUGCUGAAAUUGGAGACACAGCAGUCGAUGUGGCCGGUCGAGAUGCAUUCGCAAUUGGCGUAUGCUGACUUGAUUGCGUUGAACAAGAUGGAUUUGGUCGACAGCUGCCAGAAGGAGGACGUUGCCGCGCUCACCCGACACAUCCGAACCAUCAACCCUGACGCCACGCUCGUGGAGUGCCACCACUCGCAGCUCGCGGUCGCGGACCUGCUGCAUAUUCGGACGUUUGACGCAAGUCGGUUUAACUUUGCCAGCGUGAUCGCGUCUCAACACACUAAAGAUCUUGACACGGUGGUGCUGACGUCCACGGCGCCGCUCAACUUAGGCGCGUUUGGCCACUGGCUGAACGGCGUGGUCGACUCGCACUGGAAGCGGGGCAUCUUUCGCAUGAAAGGACUUGUUCUAGACGUAGAUGGGACCGUCUGGCUCCUCCAGUGUGUUCUCGACACGUACACGCUCGCCCCCACGACCGAUCAAGUCGCGGCAAAGGUCAAGAAGAACUCGUCCUGUGCGUCCCAAGUCGUCGUGAUUGGAUUGCACCUUGACAAGGACGCGUUGAAAGCGUCAUUUGCUGCCGUUGUGGCAGGCCAUGCCUCUGCAAAAGACAAGGAUGCUUAACUGGAAAGACAUGCGUUCGAGUGGAGUUGAUCGACACGAGCAUGCACCCCAUGGCGCUGGACAAGUUGCCGUGAUGAGCUCUGCGAAGAUAUCCCUGGUCGCAUGGCAGGAUGUAGUGCCAGCACACACCACGUGACGUAUUCGAUUGAGAAGCAAGUUAAAUAGGAAUAAGACAGACGGGUUGGCCUCAAAUGAAAGAGUGGUCGAGGCUAUCGUCGGUGGAGUCGUUGCUGGCGUGGCGCUUCGGAUCAUUCAGGGCGAGAAGGUCUCUCCCUGAAUCGUCAAUGGGCGGAAGGCUACCGGUCGUAUGUGGUCGCUGUAGCAUGGCCGU